CUAUGCAGUUAUAAAAUAAAAUUGAAAAUAAAUUGAAAAUAAAAAACCAAAAAUUAAACGAGGAAGUGAAAAAUGUCACAGCAACCAUCACGACCUCCUGGUGGUGGUUAUGGACCACAAGGUUGGUCACCACAUCCAACUUCACCAAGUCCAUUUCGUCCAGCUUCACCAUUUAAUCAAUCACAAAAUCCUCAUCAAUCACAAGGACGUUCAAGAGGUACAACAACACCAGUACAUCAUCCAAUAUCACCAUUAACAUAUACACAUCCACAUCAAGUUAUACAUCCAAUGAGUCCAGUACCAAUUGGUAUGCCAAUAUCACCUGGUAUGUCACCAGUAUUUGGAUGUCCACCACCUGGUUUUAUUCAGUGUCCAAGACCAAGAUGGCCAUCACCAAUAACUCCAAGUAACAUUACACCAAGACCCUACAUACCUCAGAGUCCAAUGGAAUUUAAUCAGCAAAAUAUUGAAAGACCAGAUCGUCAUAUUUCACCAGUACCAUGUGCACCACCAGAAUAUUUAAUAGCACCAUAUAGACCAGGUGAUUAUGAAUACAUUGGUGUACCACUGGAACCACCAAUUGAAGAUGAAGACAGUGGACCAUCAACACGUGAGAUCAUUGCCAGUCAAAGUCAAGACUACGUUGAUGAAAAAUUGGCCGAGUAUCAAGCUACAAUUGCACAUCUUCAAGAAGAUUAG